CAAUCACCACUUCUCAGCAGCAACGCAUCCAGCUGGCUGCGGACAUUGCUCUUUUAAUAAAACAUAAACAUUAUUAUAAACACGGGUCCGGUUGUUCAUCAAAUUUGUACAGUAAGCGAGGAUGAAUAAUUUUUAGGACAUUUAAAACUAGAUCACGGAGUCAUGUCCAUCGAGUGGCCUGCCCUGGGUCAGACCAUCAAGAAGAAAAACCCACUUGAAGCGUCCAGCUUUGCAGCAGCAGUGAAAGUUAACGCUGCAGCAAAAAAUGAAGAACCAACAAGCAGUUCCGCACAAAAUGCAGAGCAAUCGCAGGUGCCAGCCGUGUCCUGGGAGGAGAAAAAAGCAAAUAUACGUGCAGCUAAACAGGCAAUGAAGGAAGAGAAGCGUUUAAGACGAGAGGAAUCUGCUAGAAAACAAUUACUUGCUCCUAAAGGGUACCGCGUUCAAUUGAUUCAGAAGGCUCCAUCCAAUUCGAAUGAAAAAUCAAUACAUGGAAAUUCAGACAUAUUCCCAACGCUCGAUUCCUCGUUUCCAGAGCUUGGAUCAAGAAUCUCGGCCAGAAACAAGCAGCCAGAGACCAUUCCAACACCUGUACCAGCAAUCGAUUUGGAUACAAGCGACGUACUCGCCAAGCUAACUCCCAGGAAGAAAAAACCAGAGAAAAAUCUAACUGUCAGCCUUGAGCAUUUGAUCAGGACAAGACCAAAGAAAGUGAUUGCAACUAAAAAGAGAAAACGGAAACCCAAUCUUGCUCUCCGCGAAGAAAGCUUAAGUGGGAAUCCACUGGACAGUUCUCAGCCAGUACGACAUAGAGGAAAAGUACGAGAAGUUCCAAAAAAGAAAAGACAUUCAUCUCUCAAAAGUGCAAUAUAUGCUUAUAGGAAAUUAAAGCAGCUGCAAAGAGAAGGAUUUGAAAAGGUAAAUAAUGCAGCCGUCGACGAGGUAACGGAACUUAUCAAAGAGGAGAUCCCAUUCAAGGAAGUAAUAGAUCUGAAGAGCAAAGAAGUGAACGAAUUGCCCCUAAAGUCGUCAGAAAUCUCUCCUCUAGAAAAUCCAAUCACUGCUAAAGAUUUUGUCCACUCAAGAAAGUUUCGAGAAUACUGUGAUAAUUUGUUGGGAAAAGAGCUUGAUGAAUGUGUGGAAAAACUUCUCAAAGCACUUGUAAAUAUGCAGGAUAGAUCUUACCAAAAAGACCCCAAUAAGUACAAGAAGAGAAUUAUUUCUGGGUUGCACGAAGCAAAGAAAACCUUGGUUGGUAAAAAGGCUAAAUUCGUUGUGAUUGCCCCUGACUUAGAAAAGUGCCCCCAGCCAGGUGGAUUGGAUGAAAAAAUUCUGGAAAUUAUUCGAUUAGCAAGAGAAUCCCAGACUCCGUACAUGUUUGCCCUUGGCAGGAGAAAACUGGGCAAGAUUUUAAUAAAGAAGGUACCAAUUAGCUGCGCAGUUGUGAUAAAUUCUGACGGAGCUGAGGACUUGCUUGAAGCUACUUUAGAAGAAUUAAGGACCAAGAGAGAAGAGUACAAGUCUGUAACAUGGCAAAACGUUCAAAAACCUUCCCGAGCUUCCCCUACACUUCAACAUAGUGAUAACAAAACAGAUGUUAAUAAAAUUGUUGUCACAUCCCUACUGAGCGCUCUGGAGAAGUCGCUCCAGGCUCCGACUGUGCCAGAAUUUUUACGUGUUAUCGAUUCGAUUCAUGCAGAGGACAGUGAUUGAAUUAAAUUGUGUGCUCCAGCAUUUUAUUGUUCUA